AUGGAUUCGUCGAAGAAACGGAAAGAUUAUUUUGAGAGUGAUUCUACCGACGAACACGAGAUAAAGGUUGUAACAUCCACCGGUAAAGUCUUCCCUGUUACAGUCAAAGGGUCAGACACCAUCGGCGAAAUAAAACUCAAGAUCCAGGCUGAGGAACAUAUUCCCAUUCACCAGCAGGAACUCUUCUUCAAACAAAAUGUUCCUAAAUACACCAAUAAUAACCUUGCCAGCUUGCCCAUUAAGGAGUCUACCCAUGAAUCAGCUGGUUUCAUGAACAUAUUCAUCAAGAAUCUUGAAGGAAGGAUCAUCUACUUUUUUGAAGUCAAACCUUCAGACACCAUCGGCAAUGUGAAAGCCAAAAUCAUGUCUGGUUCUGGGCACGUGCUGAUGUUCAAUGAUGUUGCCCUUGAAGACAACGGAACCCUUGCUGACUUCCACAUCGUCACCGGAUCCAUACUCACAUGCAUUGAUAAAGCAGACAGAAAGAUGGAAAUAUUUGUGAAUACCUUCACCAGAAAGACAAUCUCUUUGUUAGUCACCCCUACAGACACCAUCGAGAACGUGAAGUUGUCGAUCUUUUAUGAGGAGCGUAUUCCUGUUGAUGAACAGGUGUUGAUCUUUAACGGAAUGGCUCUUGAGGACAGCGGGACCCUUUUUGACUUCCACGUCAGUGGGAAAUCGUCCCUCACACUUAUGCGUAGAUCAAAGGGAUUGAUGCAGAUAUUCAUCAAGACCUUUAAUGAACGGGUAAUUACUGUGGAAGUCAACCCCUCAUAUACCAUCGGCAGCAUAAAAUCCAAGAUCCAGGAUAAGAUACAUAUUCCCCAUGACGAGCAGGAGCUGAUCUUCAAUGAAGUGGUUCUGGACAACAUCGACACCAUUGCUGACUCUAACAUCAACGAGGAAUCCACACUCACACUUGUCCGUAAAUCAACAGGACAUAUGCAUAUAUUCAUCAAGGUCAAAGACGGACAAACCAUUAAUAUGAAACUCAAACCCUCAGACACCGUCUACAAUGUGAGAUCCAAGAUCGCGAAUCAUGAAGGUGUUCCGUGCCGUCGGCUAAUGCUACUCUUUAAAGGAAGGGGUAUGAUUGAUGGCCUUACCCUUGCCGACUACCACAUCCUUGAGAAGUCAACCAUUGAUAGUAUGAUAAGAUUUCCGUAA